AUGGGGAACACCAUCAGGGCCAUCGUGGCCUUCAUCCCUGCCGACCGCUGCCAGAACUAUGUGGCCGGAGACCUCCGGGAGAUGCCUCUGGACAAGAUGGUGGAUCUGAGUGGGAGCCAGCUGCGCCACUUCCCCGUGCAUGUGUGCUCCUUUAGGGAGCUGAUCAAGCUCUAUCUGAGUGACAACCACCUCAACAGUCUGCCUCCAGAGCUGGGGCAGCUGCAGAACCUGCAAAUCCUGGCCUUGGAUUUCAACAACUUCAAGGCUCUGCCCCAGGUAGUGUGUACCUUGAAACAGCUCUGCAUCCUCUACCUGGGCAACAACAAACUCUGUGACCUCCCCAACGAGCUGAGCCUGCUCCAGAACCUCCGGACCCUGUGGAUCGAAGCCAACUGCCUCACCCAGCUGCCGGACGUGGUCUGUGAGCUGAGUCUCCUGAAGACUCUGCACGCUGGCUCCAACACCCUGCGUCGGCUACCAGGCCAGCUCCAGCGCCUCCAGGAGCUGAGGACCAUCUGGCUCUCAGACAAUCUGCUGACAGAUUUCCCCCCUGUACUACUUCACAUGCCCUUCCUGGAGGUGAUUGAUGUAGACCGGAACAGCAUCCGUUACUUCCCCAGCCUGGCCCACCUGUCAAGUCUGAAGCUGGUCAUCUAUGACCACAAUCCUUGCAGGAAUGUACCCAAGGUGGCCAAAGGCGUGCGCCGUGUGGGGAAAUGGGCAGAGGAGACACCAGAGCCAGACCCCAGAAAAGCCAGGCGCUAUGCAUUGGUCAAGCAGGAAAGCCAGGAGCCACAGGCACCUGCCUCACCUCCACUUCCUCCUACCGACUCCUGAGGAGCUUCAGUUUUAGGUCAAUACCAAGGAUCCAACUCCAGCAUAUUCUGGAGACCUCUUCAUUAUAGUGGAAAGGAUUGCUCUGGUCAUUUGGGGUGUCUCUGCCAGCGGGGGCUGAUGGAGAGCCAAGUGCAAUGCUGUAAAUCACAUUGAGAAUAAAAAAGUCUGGCCAACAGCAUCUCACUCAUAGGGAAGUCGUGUGCUGUUGGUGGCAUGACAACCCAGAGUGAUCAUAACUUCCUGGCAAGACAACAGCUUCUUCGAGCAGGUAUUUUGAAACCCUGAAGAGUUAAGUAAGAAGGUCUGGGACACUUUGACCACCUCUGCUUUCCAGCAGUGGCUGGUCAUGAGAAUCCUAAGCUCCUUAAAUAAGGUAUUUGUUAUAGAACUCACUAAAUGUUCAGGUGGCCUGUUCCCAGUCCUUUGCAGGAUAUAUUUUCUUUACUAUGAAUGACCAUAAACGGUAUCAAUGUAUUGUUAUUAAUUCAGGCCACUGGAAAGACAUUUCUACCUAGUCAGUCAGAUUUACAGAAAAAAGCUUUUUGUUGUUGCAAAGGCUCAGGAUGACACAUUUUACCCAGCAGUUUAGCACCUGCUGAAAAGACCCCGAUGGAGAAUGCCUCUUGGUAGAGUCCAGCUGCCACUUUAAACUUAACAGUGGUUCGUGCCGACUUAGCUCAUUUUCCCUAAAAGGUUUGAUCCAAGGUCUGCUCCCAACUGUUUACUGUCACUGACAAUGUUGGAAGUCAUCUGGAAAGUCUGAACCUCUCUUCGGCAGUGUGGUCUCGUUAAAGUCAAUCCUCAGUGUGGUUCCUGGCAGCCUCACCAGAGCAGAGCCCUCCUGUUUAUUCAAACUAACAAACCACGGUUGGAUUGAAUACCCGUCUGGGGAGAGAAAUCACAUUUCCAGAAUCAUAUUAGGUUAAAGAUAGUAGGUUAGAAACAAGCACUUUGAAAUUUGAAUCGCAGGUUGUAACGUACAUAGGAACUCUCUGCCUUUGCUCGGAUUUGUUUUUAUUUUUGUAUAUAGGACCUUUUGACAGUGCAGAAACCUAGGUACUUGGGCCAUUAUUUUUUGGAAGUAUGUAAACUGUAAUCUUCCCAUGAAUAAACUUUAAAGAAAUAGCUGUCAGUGUGUUAUUUAAUAACAUAAUCCCUUUAUGUGCUUGAACCUUUUCAGCAAACAAGGACACAAAGUGUCAUCUUAAUCAAAACAUACCAUACUGAACUUUUAAAAAAUACUUUUCCCAUAAAAGCAUCCUAACCCAUCAAAGUUUGAUACUAAAAUGACAUUACAUAGCAGACUAUUUUUAUAUGUCUCCCUACCAGAAACAUUUCUAGCUAAACGAGAGGAAGAGAAAGUUCCAUGAUAACGCAUAAUCCCUUCCUAUCACCACCUCCCAUCUAUACAGCAGCUGCAACCCACUGAUCAGACCGCCAAAGGGCCCUUUAAUCAUUAAAUGAAAUAGGUUUAUACCCAUAGGUCAAACAUACCUAACUUAGUAACAAGUCCAGAUUUCUAUUAGCCAGGAUUUAUACUCUAUUUUCUCAUUCCUAAUGACUGAAGUCAAACUAUACUCAGCUGAUGCUAGAAACUUUUGCCAACAGAACUUGCCUUCUAAGCUUCAUCUACAGCAAUGUUUAUAGAUUACCGAC